UAAAACUGUUUACCUUUGAUCAACUUCCGCUAUGAAUCAAACUUUUGAUAUUUCAAAGAUUUGGCUCUAAUUUUUCAUUUAGUAUGGGAAAUAUUUAUGUUCUGUGUGUCAUUUUUAGUACAUUAGUUAUUGUGGAAUGUAGGUAUAACGUUCUUGUUCAUACAAAACAUGGAGCUGUUGAAGGGAUGGCCAUUCCGUCACAAUAUGCAGCGAAACACAAAAAACACAUCAACAUUUUCCUCGGAAUUCCCUACGCAAAACGACCAAUAGAGUACAACAAUGACCCGAAACUUUAUAGAUUUACGAAGCCAGAUAGACCAUACUGGGAAGGAACGUGGGAUGCGACGUCCUAUAAACCAGCGUGUCCGCAGCACCUAUGGUACGUCAGGGAGACUGUUCCAAAUGUAGGCAGUGCCAACAUGAGUGAAGACUGUCUCUACAUGAAUAUUUUUGCACCAAAUAAUACGAAGGAAAUCCUAAGUAACAGUCCCACCCUCUAUCCAGUGAUGGUGUUUAUUCAUGGUGGAGGUUACACCAUGGGGUCAUCACAUCAAUAUCCAGGGGUCUUCAUGGCAGAGAGGGAUGUGGUGGUGGUGACCUUUAACUACAGACUUGGACCCUUAGGAUUUUUGUGUACCAAUGAUGCUAAUUCCGCGGGGAAUUAUGGAAUGUGGGACCAAGUGAGGGCCCUGGAGUUUGUGAAAGAGAAUAUUCGAAGUUUCCGAGGAAAUCCAGGCAUCAUUACUAUUUUUGGACAGAACACCGGAGCAGCUAGCGUUGGUCUCCAGAUUUUGUCACCAAGAACUGUCAAUCUUUUUCAUCGUGCCAUUAUGCAGAGUGGCUCUGAUAGAAGCGAAUGGGCCAUUAUCAAGUCUACCAGUGAUGCUCAGAGUUAUGCUGUGGAAUUGGCCAAUGAGCUUGGCUGUCCAACAGGCGACAUGUUCCGAUUAACCCAGUGUCUUAGAGAGCACAGGUCAUAUGGAGAAAUUGUGAAUGCUUCAUCCAAAGUGAGAUUAAAGCCUGGCUCGGUCGGAAAUCCCUGGGGGCCUGUAGUGGACGGGUCAUUGGUGGGGACCGUCAAUGCAUUUCUACCAGAUAAUCCAAAACUUAUGCGAGAACUUGGUAAUUUUAAAAGAAUUGUAGUGAUGGGAGGCCUCAACAAAGAUGAUGGCUCGUUAUUUAUUCCCAAUUUGUCAACCCUUGAUGAAGGAGUACAGAAAAUCCAGUUUGACAAUAUCAUUAAUGAGUUCCUUAGUGACCGAGGAGUGAAAGACAGCGUCACCAAAGAAGCCAUGAUCUUCCAGUAUACAUACUGGCCUCAGCCUCAGAACCAAACUAUGAUCCUCCGCCGGACAGUAGAUAUGAUGUCGGACUACAUGUUUGGUACAGGAAUGAAUGAGGCUAUGAGGUGGCAGACAGUACAUAACAAAACUUUCUUUUACGUCUUUAACUACUUUUCCUGGAAUGACUACUUGCCUUAUUACAGAGGGGUAGCACAUGGCCAGGAACUGCAGUAUAUCUUUGGUUUCCCAUUCAUUAACCAGACCUACAUAGACCUGCUGGGAGUUUAUCCCCGUCAGCAAUAUGACUAUGCAGACAGAAACAUGAGUGAAUACAUGAUGAGUCUUUGGACAAACUUCUCCUCUUAUGGUGAUCCUACCCCAAGACGAUUUAAUUUGAAUUAUUUUAAGAAUGUGACUUGGCGAGAGUACAAUCUUUACAACCACAGCUAUUUCUACAUCAGUAACUCGUCUUACAAUUACACAAACUACAGACAGAAGGACUUUGGAUUCUGGUCCACAUAUUUCCCACAGCUGUCAUCUCGACCAGGAAGUACAGCCACUGCUGCUCCGUUAAUAGAGACCAAUAAGAAUUACCAGACCUCUACCUGGUCCCUGACAGGCUUAUCAUCACUGCUGGUCAUCAUUAUCAUAGCCUUGUGUAUUGUUAAUUACAGAAAUAGGCCCAAAGACUACUGAGAAGGCUGGUCCUCAUUAUCAUAGAUCUGUGUAUUGUUAAUUACAGAAAUAGGCCCAAAGACUACUGAGAAAGGCUGUUUAUUUUCCUUGAGAAAUAGACAGACUACGGAGAGAGGCCUAUGAGAUUCACAAAUGCUCACAAUAGUACGAGGGCUACAUAAAGUCUGAAGGAUUUACUUAUUUCAUUUGAACUUGAAAGGAUAAAUGUAAUAUGCCAUUCAAAUCUGCGAUUCUUUCAAAUAUCAUUGUUAGAAUCUUUAUUCUAUGAGACAUGUAUUUGUUGUAAAAUGUAUCAUAGUAGAUUUUGAUUAAGUAGCACUACAGUAUAUGUUUUAUCUAUUUACUCGUACAUAUCUGUACAUAUCAUGCAAUGCUCAGUGAAUGAACAUAUCAUUUUUAUAACAGAUACAGCAAUAUUUACAUAUUUUGUUUGUGCAAAGAUGUUUCACUUUUCAUAAACAUUCCAUCUUUCAGCGAUACAUAUCCUAUUUUUUAAUUUUUGUAAUGUAUACCAUUGAAUCAAUUCAUAAGAUGUAUACAAAAUGAUUUAUUUUUAUAUGAAUUGAAAUAUAUGUAUUAUUGUUGCUUUGUCCAUUAUUCAAAAGGAAAUGAGGAGAACACUGUAUGCGUUUUAUUGAUAUUGAUUUUCUUGUGGUUGUAAACUUUGAUUUAGAAUUAACAUUUUAGAGUUAGGUUGCUCACAUAAUUACAUGGCAUUGUAUUAUGAAUUAUGUAUUAUGAAUAUUGUGUUUGGUUGUUUAAUACGAAAGUAGACAAAUAAUAAGUGCCAUUUUAUUACGAGUAGAUUGACAUACACAUUGAUUUAGUGAAUGAGAGGUGGGAGUACCAGAGAUUUUAUCAAAUCCUGUUUGUCUAUAUACAAUAUGAAAUGGACAAAGUACAGUUAAGAAAAAUGUCAACAUCUUCCUUCUUAAAUACUAUACCAUCCUCUAGCAUAUAUUUUGAAUAUUCACUUUUGUCAAAAAAAAUUCUAGUUCAUUAAUUUAUAUUUUUUAUGAGUUCAUUUGUUGUAUACCACAUGUAUAAUGAUCAUGUGACAUGGGUUUUUGAAUAGCGUAAUUUCUUAGAUUCACCUCUCAGCUCGCACUAUGAUAUUUUAGUAGCAACAUCACAUAGUGAGAUCUGUGUACAUUGAUUAAGGGAUCCUAGACAUCAUAUAGCGAGACCUGUUUAUUUGGAAUAUUAAUUAGCAAGUCACAUGACAUCAAAAUAUGACUGUAGCUGCAAGUAAAGAUUAUUAUACAUUUAAUACUUUAAGCUUCAAAGUACCGUAAAACAUGGUUACCGCAAAUGUUGAACAUUUAAUGUUCAUUAUAACCAAACUUUGUCAUAUCCAAUACAAUUUUUGAUUGUUAUUUUCCUCUCAUUCAUAGAGGAAUAAAUAUGACUUCAUGAUAAGCUUGAAUUCAUUAUAAGGAUGUUUAACUGGAUGUCAUUUAGUUGUAUAUUUAUUGACUGAUUUUGUUCAUGACAUCAUACAGUCAACAUUUUUUAUACUUUUUGAAUAUGGUGAACCCUUUGUCAACCUUAUCUGUGCUGAGGAGACCAAUUUGUGUACUUUAUUUUUAAAGGGAAAGGCAACCUUAACCACAUUGUUGCUUGUAUGAAUAAAGUAUUACCUGCUGAUAUCGUAAAUGACAGUCUUUAACAACAAAAAUCCUUGCUUAACGAUUUUAAUCAAUAUUAAUCUAUCAUUUAUUUUAAAUUACCCGAUGCUAAGAGAGCUGCCAUUAAAGUUUAAUUUAUGACGUCACACCGUCGGUUCCGAUUUAUUUCAUCAGCAACACUGUAAACAUGACAAGUCACAAACCGUUAAGUUUGGAGUUGUAUAGUUUUGAGCCCGUUCUUUCGCAAGAAGAAAUCAAGAAAAGAAGAUGUUCAGUCGAGUCGCAGACCCGGCAGACUGUACACAUUUCUUCAUACAAAUGUCUCAAACCUCAGCUUGUCAUAAUGCAAAUGACGGAUCCACAGUUUACAUAGUCUUUUCUUUUCAGAUGACCUGUUUGGGUCAGGAAUUUCAUUAAAAAAACAAAAAACUUUUCACAUCUCCCCUUUGCAUUAGUGCAGUUAACAGCUUGACAGGAAGGCAUCAACCUAUUUAUUCAUAAAAUCUACCACAUGCACAUCUUUGAUGACCUUAUUUCAACAAAAUCGGAACGGACGGUGUGACGUCAAAAUUAUUGAUUUUUGUGGUCUUGAAUACAAAAGAGUUCCACGUCAUGGCAGCCUCUAUAGAUGGCAGGAAUUUCAAUUUUUAACGUUUUCAAAUUAGUACUGAAGCUUAUCUAGACCAUAUAUCAACUGAAUAGUAUGACAAAUGUUUAUCAUAUGAUUUAUGUAAAUUUUUUUUUUGGUUGCCUUCCCCUUUAACACACAAAGCUUCAUCAACAUAAUUUAAACUGAAAUGGUUAAUUGUUUUAUUGCUAAAAGUGGGCAAUAUAUUAGGUAUUGAAAUUCUAAAAGGAUUGAUGUCUUGCAUUCCAUAAACUUGGCCAUUCCAAUGAAACUGUGUUUUGAUGAAGUAAGUUGAUUGUGUGCUUGACCUGUUGUUUUUGUCAUUUUUUCCUGCUGGAAGAACUGUUUAAUACUUUAUAUUCGCAUUUCCAAUGUUUUUGCCUUUGAUAUCUUUACAAAUCCUAAUGAUAUACAUUUCUUCAUGAGCAUCCUGUUACACAUUGUAAUGAUAGACAUUUCCUCAUGAAUGUGCUGCAAUUGUAAACAAUGUGCACAUGAAUACAGAACUACUUGAUAAAUAUAGUACGUCUAUUUUAACGGCUGGGAAUUUUGACAGAAAUGUAUAGAAUGUAAACAUAACAAACAUUAGAGUAUGAACUGCAACACUUCAUGCCGGCGUACUUUUCAUGACGUGCCAUUGAGCUUCUUGAAGUAUGUGGGGUGAAGCAUCUCAGAUCAUACCAACAUGUAUGAAAUUUACUUCUUAAAUGUCAGCAAAACAUCACACUUUUCAUACUGUAUUUAUGCAGGACAUCUCUCGAGAAUCGAGAAUAUUUGCAUAAACUGUUUGUAUAUCCAUUUCUCAACAGUGAACUGGUUUACAAGGAUGAAAUCUUCAUCACAAUGAAGAUUUUAAAAUGUCAAAUUAUGACAUGACAAAAUCAUAUUAAUUAUAUCUGCUGGGUUUUGUUUCCUACGUCUUUAUGAUUAUUAAUUGUAUUCUAAAAACAUGCUUUAUUAUGAUGGAACAUGUUUUUGUGCAUCAAUUUUUAUUAUUAAUUUCAUGGUCUUUGGUGAUCAGGUUUUCCAACAGUCUGUUGGAAUUCCCAUGGGCAUGAAUUGUGCUCCUUUGUUAGCUGACCUGUUUCUAUAUUCCUAUGAAGCAGAAUUUAUUCAAAUACUUCUAUGUGAGAAGAAAAAAUCUCUUGCUGUGACCUUCAAUUCGACAUUUAGAUAUAUCGACGACGUUUUGUCUAUUAACAUAAUAACUUUCAUUCACAUGUCGAUUUGAUAUAUCCCUGUGAGCUCGAAAUAAAAGACACCACAGAGUC